AGGAAGAAUCAGCCAAUGAGGUUGGAGGAAAAUUAAGGGAGUGUGAUGGUCAGUGAGGCGAAGUGAUAAAAUUAUGCAAAAAGGAGGGCGUGUCAGAUGUUGCUGGGAAGUCAGGGGACUUGCAGUGGCAUUUCUAAGAGCCAUUUUGGUGGAGUGCUUUGGAAGGAGUUCGGGUCGGAAGCCUCAAUUCAGAGAGAGAGCCCGGGAGACUGAGAAGUGAAGACAUAAGGCUAUGAUCCUACUAUGGCUGAAUCACUAAGUGAAGGUUCUGGAAGUCUGGAAGUUCUGGAGGCCGGUGAUGAGGGAAAGAAGAAAUCCAAAUUCAAAGCUUUCAAGAACCUUUUUGGCAAGAGGAAGAAAAAAGAGCUGGAAGAUGCCCCGGGAGGGAGGAGGCUAAAGCCAAGCUUGUCCAGCGGCAGUAUUAACAUCUCUUCUCUGAAGCCGGUUCGGGAAGGUCAGCGCACUGAGGCCAGGGCCAGGAGCAGCAUGGGCAGCAAAGCCCUGUCCCAUGACAGCAUCUUCAUGUUGGAUUCUGAGCCUGAAAUAUCAAGAUCUCAAGUCUCCAGAACUCUGCCUAGAUCUGGGACUAGUAACGUGCAUGGAGCUGUUUCUGGACUUACGUUUGGAGCUGUGCCCCUUCAUGUGCCCAGAAGUGGAAUGUGGACUGGGGACUCCAAGAUCACUGAGCUCCCCUCACUGUGCCCACGCCACUCCAGCUACAGCCCCCCUCUUCUCCGGUCUGACACAAUUUCUGCCGACUUUGAAGAAAUCUCUGUUGACGAGGAGUCCCCACAUAAGAAAACUUUACCACUCAAGGUCGUGACAUUGAAGGGGAAAGCAAAGCAAGAGGAGCCCACCCUUCUAGUGGUUUCUGGAGAAGAGAAGAGUACAACCAUACCAAAAGAAGCUGACAAAAAGAUGCUGAAAAAAGACAGCGCAGGUGUCUCAAGCCUGAAGCAGAGCAAGGGAACUGAAAUUUCUUAUAAGGAGACAGCAGACCAGGCUGCAGGAGCGGACGCUGCGGGGAGUCAGAGCUCCCCAUUGUCAGGAGCGCACGGAAGACGUCGCCCCCCAAAAGGAUCAAGUGCUUCGGGAUCGAGUGAGUGUGCGCCCAGUGGAAGCAGCCUUAAGCAGUCCAUUCGAGGGCUUGGCCUAGCUGAGAGGGCUGGGUCCCCGCCUGCCGAGAAGCCUGCCGGAGAGUGUCUUCUCUGGAACCUGUCUCUGGAGCGCCAAGUCAGGGAGCCGCCCACCACUCCGCAGGCAGAACGCGCUACCCCUCAGGAGCUGCUUCCAGAUCAAGAUGACAACGGAAAGAGAAAGGCUGGGGCAGAUUUGGACGCCGGAAAAGGCCCGGUGUCCCAAGCUGUACCGGAAGACACGGCAGAGUCCGUGGUCGGUGGCCCGUCGCCGUGCCACGAAGAUGGGGCCUCCGGAGGCGAGCAGCCAGAAGCCAGAGCUGCUCGUUCAUCGGCGGCGGAAAGCCUUUCUCCAACCCCGGACGAUGUCCUCUUCUCAGGGGCCAUUGAGGGUCAAGUGUUCAUGGAUCCUUCUCAGAUGCAGUCUGAAGGGGAAGAAGCUUUCAGCUUUGAUGUGCAAGCGAGCCAUUUGAAAAUGGCGUCAGUUCAAGAUAUCCCCGCUGUCUGCAGAGAGAAGUCUCCCGGAAACGUCCUCCCGGCCUUCGCCGCGAGCAUUUCAGGUCCGGCAAGUGCUGUGGCGGAGGGAGGCAGGUCUGCGGAGAGGCUGCCUUCCAGAAGCCUCGCCUGGGCGGCUGAAGAAGCGUCCUCGGAUCCAGAGGGUGCUUCCGAGGAGGAGAGCGGUUCGGGGCAGCAGCUGCUUCCCAGGCCUUCUUCCCAGGCCCUGGGGAAGCCUGCCGAUGACCGACAAGUCUUCACCGAGUCGGAAAGCUCGGCCGCGCGAGCGAGCGGCCCUGAGCUGCAGCUGGCUGCGGGCUACUCUCCCCCGGCCUUCGGGAAGCGGGCGGCGGAAGCGGCGUCCGCGGAUCCAGCGAGUCCUUUGGAGGAGGAGAGCGGGGCGCCGCGGCAGCCGGCUCCCACACACCCCUCCCAGUCCUUGGGGAAGCCUGACGGUGACCAGGAGACCACAGACUCAAAAAGUUCUGGGGACUCGGGCAGUUCUGACGAGCGGCUGACGCCCACCUGUGCCGCGCAGGCCUUGCAGGGGCCCGAGGACAAAGGCCGCACAGACCCCCACGGUCACGUGGAGAAGAAGCACAACAGUGCUGGCGCCUGGAGCGGCUCCGAGGAGGACGUGCCUCCCAGGCCCCCUUCCCAGGCCUCGGGGCAGCCCGCAGACCACCAGCACGGCGCCUCGGGUGCGAAGCACCUCCCCGAGGAGUGGGGGGUGUCCGUGGGGCGGCUCGCUCUGACCUUUUCGAGGCCGAUCCUUCAGCAGCAAGCGGCCUCAGGGUCGGCGAGGCCCGCGGACCCUCCCCGGAGCAGCCCCGCGGAGCCGGCGCCCGCCCGGCAGCCCGUCCAGUCCUGGCGGAGCCCUCAGGCUGAGCAGCAGGCGCCCGCGGGCCCCGUGGGCGCCGCCGUGCAGUGGGCCAUUGCUCUGGAGCCGCCGCCGCCGCCGCCGCCGCCCAGAAUCUCGUCUAAGCGCCUGCUCAGGCCUUGGCCUGAGCAUGCCGUCUGCAAAGGUCCAGAAAUGGCUGCCGCCGUCGGGGUGACUUCCGUGGACCUGCCGCCGCCCCCGCCGCCCCGGAGACCGCAUUCUCAGCCGCCGCUGGACCCCAUCGCCGAGCAGGCGACCCGGGAGGACCCCGAGUCCCCGGCUGUGGAGGGGAGCAUUUCGGCGGAGCUGCCGCCACCCCACCGUCCCUGCCAGGCGGUCGUGAGACCCGUCAUUGAGCAGCAGGGGUGCCUGGGUGCCGAAGGCGCUGUGGUCGAAAAGAACGCCCCUGGGCAGCCGCCGCCGCUGCCCGGAUAUGAUGCUCAGACCCCGACGCGCCCUCUGGUCCCGCCACGGGCCUCUGCCAGUCCCGAAAGCCCGGCAGCUUCUGCGGAGCCUCUGCCUCUCAAAGUGCUUGCCCAGGCCUCGUUGAGGGCCGGAGUGGAACCGAAUGUGUCCUCGGGUCCGGAGGGCGCCGCCGCGGAGAAGGGCAUUUCAGGGGAGCCGCCGCUCCCCCCAGAUUCUGCUGCGUCCUUGACAAAUCCCAAGGCCCCGCAAGCAUCCGAGACGGCUGUCGGGGAGGGCCCGUCCGUGGAGCCGCCGCCCAGAGGCCCCGCCCAGCCCUCGGUGAGGCCGAAAGUCCAGCCGCAGCCCUGCCCGCUGGCCGCAGUGGGAGCUUCGGCUGCCACCGCCGAGCCCGCCCUGGGUCCCGCCCUGAGUCCCGCCCUCGGCCCCGCCCCGGCGCCGGGCCCGGCGUCCCCCAGAAGCGUCUACCAGUCCUGGCUGAGCUCCUCAGGCGAGCACGAGGGCUCCGUGAGUGCCCAGAGCGCUGCUCUGGAGUGGGGCAUUUCUCUGGAGCCGCUGCCCCCGCCGCCCCCGCCGCCCCCGCUGCCUCCCAGAAAGCCUUCUCAGAACCCCAGGAGGCAGGGAGGGGAGCGAGCAGCCUCCUGGCGGUCGGCGAGCGCUCCUCCAGAACGGGACGCUCCUCCAGCACCCGGCGCUCCCGCGGCCGCCGCCGCGCGGAAGCCUCCCAGAUGCGCUUUCCAGUCCCGGGGGAACACAAAAGUCAAGCAGCCCGUCUCCGAGGCUCUAGAGCGCGCCGAGGCCCUGAGGAUCAUGGCUAUGGAGCAGCGGCACUCUCUCCGAAGGUCUUCUCAGGCCCUGACCGCAGCAGUGGUCAAGCCUCCGGCCUCCGCAGCUCCAGAAAGGGCUGCCACCGAGGAAGAUGCUUCUGCAGAGCCGCUGCCUUCCAGGCAGCCUUCCCAGUCCCCUGGGAGAUGCAAAGGGCAGCAAAUGUCGUCCAGUUGUGAGAGUGCUCGCGCCGAGGCGGCCGUGUCUGGGAAGCCAGUGCCUUCCAAGUAUCCUACCCAGGUCUCAUCCAGGUCCAAGGUUCAGGAGAUGUCCUUCCGUCUAGAGAAUACCGCUGCGGAAGGAGAUUCGGCUGAGAAACCGCCGGUGCCCAGGCAUCCUUCCCGGUCGUUUGUGAAGUUUAUGGCAGAACAAGUUUUUUCUGAGGGCCCUGCCCAUCCUCCAUCUGCGAAUCAACUUUCCAAAGCUCUGUUGAGGUCUAAAGUCCAGUACCCAGCUUCCUCGGGCCCAGGGAAUGCCAGUACCGGGGGAGGCAUCUCGUCGAAGCUGCUGCCUACAGCACGCCCUUUACAGCCCCCGGGGGGGCCUGAAGGCCCCAGAGCGGUUCUCCCACAUUCAGAGAGUGCCCCCGCGAAGCCCAAGCAGAGCAGUUACAAGGAGCUGCUGCCGCCCGGACACCUGUCCCCGGCACCGGUGAAGCUCGCGUCCCGGCAAGUCUCCUCCCUGCUCUCUCAGGGCUCUCCUGAAAUACAGAAGCGCUCCAAAGAGCGGCUGCCUUCCAGAGGCCUUCCCCAGGCCAAGGAGGGGGCCGAAUUGCAGCCCCAGCUUUUCUCCCCAGGCCCCGUGAGUGCCCCUGCAGGUUGGAGCAGGUCUGAGGAGUGCCGGCCUCAGCAGCCUGGACGCACUCCCCAGGCACCGGCCAAGCCCGAACGUCCGCCCCAGGUCCGGCCAGGUUCCGCGAGGGCUGCCGCUGAGGGCGCCCUGUCUGAGAGCCGCCCCGGCAGCUGGGCCCCACCAAGAGGCCUGGCUUCUCCGAGCAAGACCAAGAAACAUCGCCAAGGCCCUGAAGACCUCAUUAAGAAUAGCCUGCCUCCCUCUACCAAACCCGUGAAGCUCAGCACGGCUCCUACCAGGCAGGCAUCCACUGCUGGGGGCACUUACUCCAAGGGGGAAGGUCUCGAGAGCGGCGAUCAAAGUAACAGCCAUGCAAACGUAUCUACCGGUGGGUCUGGUGUUGAAACCCUUUUUGGAGUUCGCCUGAGAAAAGUCCCUUCCUUGAAGAAGCACAAGAGUGAGAAACAAGAUGACCUUACCAAGCUUUCUUCGCUCUCCUUGGGUCCGGUUUCAUCUUCCACAUGUAAAGAACAGCGAAUCGGAAGAAGCGUUUCCCAGGGGCUCCUGGGCACUGCAGAGAACCCCGCCACAGCAUCUGACAUGCUGGAGAAGCAACAGAGCAGGCCCAAAUCCGAAAGCAUGGCCAAGAAGCAACCCAUCUACAAGGUCCCAGGAAAGGUUCUUGGUCGACAGUCAGAUUAUGCCGCCUCAGAGCCAGCUUGGAUAACCAUGGUAAAGCAGAGGCAGAAGAGCUCCCAGGCCUACAUUCCUAAGAAAGAGGCAAAAACCAAGAACAAAGCUGGAGCCAAGCCUGAGGCCAAAGAGCCUAGACAUGGGGGAGAACCUGUGGCAGCCCACAAAACACUCCAGAAGGGAGCUGGCCUUGCAAGUGAAAACCAACCCAGAAAGACUUUUACUUCCGAUGUCAAUAAACCAGAGAAGAUGGCACAGAAGCUACCUAAGUGGACCAAAGCAGGAUUUGAAGAUCAGAAGACAGCUCAAGUGCCCACCGUGGCCAAAGAAACCAGGCAGUCUUCAACUCUACCAGCUGUGCUCCGUGAGCCAGUAGAACCGGAAGAGCCAGUUUGGUUCUCCCUGGCCAAGAAGAAAGCCGAAGCUUGGAGCCAUAUAGCCAAAAUCAUGCAAUAAAUAGCUCCUGGGUGGGGCAUCAGCAUGGCAAGUGAUCAUUGCCAAUAGCUGCAUUAAUGCCAUGUAGUGAUUUAUUUACUGUAACCACUUUUUAUUAAGCAAAAGUGCCUUAAAAGCGGAAUUAAAGCUAAUCAUUAUUUGAAUGUAACAAGCGCCACGAAUGCCUAACUUCAGUACAGUCACUACCAACAUCUGAAAACCCAGCAUCUCCUCUCUAAAAACAAUGUGGAAUGUUUGCACUGCUAUAGAACUGGGGAAUCCUUAACUGACUAAGAGGUCGUGGUCAUUUCCCUUGUUCAAAUAAAUUCAUUCGGAUGGAAAUGGCCCGGUGACUUGGCCCAGGGAUUGGCUUUCAGGUUUCAUGAGCCUGGUUAAAUGCUUCAGUUCUUUGGUUGCUGCUCCCAGUUUCACAAAGGCCCUGAGAAGAGGUGAUGGAAGUGAAAAUUCUGGGUCUCCAAGAAAAGUUUCACACAGCCAGUCCCCCAAUUAGCCAUUGCCCUUUGAGACACCGCCCUUGUAUCCCUGCCCCCCACCCCAUGCCUGCAACAUAUAAAGCUCCCUCUUUGCGCAUGCCCCACAUUGCCAGUCUGGCAUCAGUGCGCACCUCCCUAGGAGGCAGAACAUUCCUUGGGGAUUAUCGUGCUCCCCUAGAUGGUUAGUUCAUCAGUGUUUGACCUCUUGUCCCAAUGGCACUGUGACUCUCUAGCUGCCGAGACAUGUACUGAAUGCCAUAUAUAUCCUGUUUUUUAAGCACUUAAGACGCUGGGCUCCUGAAGAGCGCUUUUCCCUGGCUCUAGCUUUAAGGCAGAAACCUCCCUGUAGGCCAGUUUCUAGUCUCUUUCCCUCAGCAGCCUCUGUUUCCCACGAUUUUAGCCCAAAGCAAGACCGUAACCCCAAAGCCAUAGAACAAUUAACUUUCUGCAAACCGGAAGCCUUAGGCGAUCAAAUCAGCGCAGCUUCUCCCUGCCCUCAUUCCUGGAGGCACACACCUCAAAAGUCACUAGACUGGAUAGCUCCUCGCACACCCGGUCCCCAGUGAGCCACUCCCCCAAGUCCUUUCCUUCUGUGCCGUCUCCCAAACACACCAAACACUAAGGGAGAGCUCCCCUUGGAUGUCAAGACAGUACCUAGCUCAUUUUCUUAGGAGACCCAGAAGUAUCUCCUCACUAUCCCUCUCACUGUGUCUGCCUCUGUCACCACGGAGCGGCUUUGUUAACACAGAAAUGUAAGCCUCAACAUCUAACCGUGCCUUUAGAUUCUGAGUGGGGUGCUGCCUCAUGCAAAAAAAAAUUCAUAGAGGCAGUGAGGUGCCAGAGCUAAUUUAAGUCCUUGGUGCUUGGUUUUGAUGAUGAUGGUAUAACGUGACAUUCUACAAUCAUACGCUGGAUUUUGCAUUUUCUUUAUAAAACAUCUAUUUUUCCUGAUACUGUAUUCCUUACCAUUCCGAUAAUGCUAGGUUCUUGACUGAUUGAGUUUGAAUUCCUUUGUAUUUCCAUAGUGAACAGUUUAUUUAGGUAGAUGCCCUUGACCCAGGUGACCCUGGUAAUUAGUCCCUACCCCCGUUUCUUUAGGGUGGACCACUAUUAGUUUUUUCUCAUUCUGAGAGCUCUCCAUUAAUAAUUUCUUUUCCACAGUUAACAAAACUCUGUUUUUAAGUAAAGAGGUUAAGUUUUUUUAAUGCCUAGAUGCGCAUUCUGACAAGUUUUCGGCUUCUUUUGGCAUUCUCGAUUUUUACUAUAUGUAUGCAACGCAAAUAAAUUCAAUAAAGCUUG